GUAGCACAAAUAAUUUGUUAGUCUGUAGUGGCAGUACUAAAGACAGGAUGGGAGCAAGCAGUCUGCCUUGGAAAAUCAUCAUCUUCUCUCUGUUUUGUUCCUCAUGUGCAGCCUAUCAAAGGUAUAAAGGUCUUUAUCCUUCAGCCUUCAGGGUGAAGAGGGGUGCGGCGCCACUGGUGAACCCCGUAUUUCAAAACUCUGUCAAUGAUGUCAAUUUGCUCUAUGAGAUUCUUCUGGACGGACUGCAACUUGAAGAUGAAGACGGACAGUUUUUAGUACAGGACAAAGAACUAGCAUCACUACGUAAGACACACAAGUUCGAAGUCAUCUAUGAGGACAUCAUUCCCAAAACGGUGCCAGAGGUGCGUCGACUGAUCUUUGCUCUCACCAAAGGCAAAGGUGUUCUUAGGAGGGAAGACUUUGAGCGCACAGUGCUGACGCUGGUGUACACAGCUAAUAAAAUAGCUCAAGCAAACACUACACACCAAAAAGAUGCCUGGGCAGAGUGCUUUAUCAGCCUCUACAAAACCAUAAAAUAUGACUUAACCCUCAGAUAGACGAACCAUCAUUCUUAACACACCACCUCGGUAAACAAAAAAAACAAAACAGCAUAACCUCUGGUAGAUUUGGUUAGAAAACAUUCUGAAGAGCUGAAAAACAGAAGUGAUUGUGGAUUUCAUGGGAUGAUGAAUACUAUUCAUUAUUCAUGAAAAAGCAUUAGACACUUUAAUAACAUUUCUUGAGGUUGCGAAGGUCACACACAAACACACACACAUGCAUGUGCACAUACAAACAUAACUUUCAUAUAUGUCAAGCUUGUUGGAACUUCUGUUAGGAGAUUAGUUAGAAAUUUGAAUUAAAAUUUAGAUUCAGGAUUUAGUUUCAGAAUUUCACGUGUAAAGGUGAUAAAAAUAAAUAAACGUCUGGAAUGCAAAAUGAAAAUGAACAGGGGAACGGACAAGGGUUAUGUGCUCGACUGCUUUUGCUUGCAAGCUACUUGUAUGUCUUUUAAGAAUGCAAAUGUAAAUUGAAUGUGAAUUGAAUUUAGAUGAAUUGAAUGCUUUUUAGAAACUGAAUAUAUGCUUACUUCUUUUUGAAUUAAAUAAAAAUUCUACUGCAGUUCAAAAUUUAAUUCUAAUAUUCAAAUAAAAAUUGUAUUUUUUUUUUAUUAUUAUUAUUAUUAUUAUUAUUAUUAUUAUUAUUAUUAUUAUCUAACAAGAAAAGGUUUGUCGUUUGUAUUUUGGUUUAUUAAAGCUAAAUGAAUGCAAAAA